CAACUCAUUCUCUUUUCCACCUUUACCUCCAACACCACCACUCUCCUCAGAACAAUUCAACACUAACCACAGCACCAUGGCAUCUUCACGCAAUCCGCUUCUUCAGUUCAAGGCAGGACGAUGCUUCAGAGAGGGAACCACAGACACAGUCCAACCAGAUCCCACUAAAGGACUGGUCUAUAUGGAGGAGGAAGAUGGUCUUAUGCACUUUUACUGGAAAAACCGGGCAACCAACACCGUUGACGACGAUCUUAUUCUCUUCCCUGGUGAUGCAGAGCUCAAGACGGUCCCUCAGUGCACAACAGGACGCGUACUCAUGCUCCAGUUCAAGUCGUCCUCACAAAAGCUCUUUUUCUGGCUCCAGGAGGCAAACACAGACCGGGAUCAGAUUAUUCUCCAGCAGGCAAAUGCACUCAUCAGUCAGGGACAGGAGGACGAAGCAGGACAUUAUGACGAGGAUGUCGCCAUGGAAUAAAUUUCAGUCAGGAGAUGGAUCCGUACAACUUGUUGCAGGCGACUAUGCAAUAGAUGAAUAGGACCUUUAGAGAGCAGCGAGAAGAAUUAAAGCAGCACAACAAGCAAAAUGGGCCGAGACAGUAAUGAAAGUGAGAAUGGUUGAUGAAGAUGGGAUGCUAUCAGGACCUUUAUUAGAUUUAGAUGACACUUAAAUGAGGCCAUAUCGCUUGCCAAAGAAGACAGCGACGAUGCAAUAUAAGCCCAUGAACCCACACAGUCCCCACCACCAAUGUAAUGGUUCGUCUUCAUCCCCUGGCUGUCCUGGCACAUGCACAUUCAUUCUAAUAAAAAAAUAAAAUAAAAUAAAAUUAGCCAGAUAAACUUCGUUUCAAAUAAAAGCGAUUUAAUAUUUCU